CUUUUACUCAAAACCUCUCAUUCAUCAUCGUCUCACCACAAUUUCAUGGCUGCCAUUGACAACAAUUCAAAUGUUCUCAUUUCCCCAAAGGAGGAGGAAUGCGAAACACCUCCAACAAAGACUACUCAUUCAAGAACAAGUGAUGGACCUAUUGCUGCAAACCCAAUAUCAAUUUACAUUCCUGAUCACCAUCCUGUGGACUGCCAUGAUAUGGUUGACAUGCCAACAAAUAAGGGAAAAGAAAAUCCAAAAGUCUCCACUGAUGAAACAAUGCCUGAAACUCAAUCUGCAACUCAAAAUUCAAGUUCAAAGAGAGGAAGACGCCCUAAGCCAACACCUGAAUGGAUUGGAAAUUGGGAUGUUGAUAGCAAAAAACGACCACAUAGUGACAGGUUUGAUAAGACUUAUCGUCAUAAGGAAGAAGGGUUUUUGUGUCGAUCUUUGCUAGAGUGUGAGAGAUAUGAGAAGCAUGGUAUUCGUCCUAAGCAUCGCAGAGUGAAAAAACAAGAAAAAGAAGAACGUAGCAAAAAAUCUAAAACUCAAACCAAAGAAAUGGUCCUGUAUAACGACAAGAACAAAGAAGCAGAAACUGAGGAAGCGAUUGUUGCUAAAAGAAGAGAAGAAGCAGAAAGUAUGAGAGGGAUUGUUGAAGAGUUUCUUGCAGAAGCUCAUUACAAUCAGCUUCACAUGUUCAACAACCCUUGAUCUAUCUGGGAAAAAAGGACUUUUCAGAAACCAAAUCAUGAUUCUGAUGCAUUUAAUCUUGACUUUCUAUGUUGAUAACUUUCAACUUAGCUCUUAAUUUUCUUCUAUCUGAUAUAACAU